AUGUCCACACCAAGCACAGUGUCAACACCGAGCCCAGCACCAAUUCCAACCUCAAACCUAGCCGUCCAGGCUCUCACCUCGCAAGUCGGCGGUCAUGCAGGCGUGAUGACGACUGAAGACGGCUCGCUCCUGAUCAAGCCAGCUUCGCCGCAAGAACUCGCGUUUUACCAGCGUCUUCAGAUCGAGACCAGCCGUGCUUUUGCGCUAUUGCGGGAACAUACGCCCAAGUUCCUUGGGACUCUGACGUUGGAGGGUCAGGCUACGGGUUCAGAGGGAGAGGGCGGGCAACUGCAGAUUAAGCCGGCGUCGGAUAGGACGGAGAGUAUUGUCCUAGAGAACCUCUCGCAUGGCUUCACGCGCCCGAAUAUCAUGGACGUCAAGCUGGGUACGGUUCUGUAUGAUGAAAAGGCGAGCGAGGAGAAGAAGCAGCGUAUGAUAAACACCGCACGGAAUACCACGAGUUUGGAGACUGGUGUGCGGUUGACUGGGUUCCAGGUUCACGACAACAAUACAGGCCUGGCCGUGAACACACCCAAAUCGUACGGCAAGUCGAUCAAGGUGUCCGAACUCCCCGAAGGCAUCGCUCGUUUCUUCCCAAUCGGUCGACCCGCCGAGCCAACGCCCACAGAAGAACCUAACUUGGGCCUCCCAGCUCGCACUCUCCUCCCCAUCCUGCGCGCGAUUCGAGAAGAAAUCGAGGAGAUCAAGGACGCGCUAUCUGACAUUGAGAUGAGGAUGGUUGGGGGGAGUUUGCUCAUCGUCUACGAAGGCGAUUGGGAGAAGGCGGAUGACGGGAUCAAGAAGUACCUCGAGGAUCGGGAGAAGGCGAAGGCUGCUGCUGCGAGUGGAAAGGACACUGGCGAAGAAGACGAGGAAGGCGAGGAGGAUGAAGAGGAGGAAGAAGAAGACGACGAUGAGGAGAACGGACCACCUCCAGCAUUGGUCGUCAAACUCAUCGACUUUGCACACACAAAGGUCGAGGCAGGUCUGGGCCGCGACGAAGGUGUACUAUUGGGCAUCACCACCGUUCUGAAGCUCUUGGAUGGCCGCAUAGAGCAGGUUCAAGCGCAACUCGAGGCUGAGGUAUGA